AAGUCGUUAGUCAGAAACCCACGUGCACCUGGGAACUCGACCCCUCUUUCUCUGCACAAACCCACUCCUUCAUUUCCUCCAUUUUCAUUCUCACUCAAGCAAUCUCUCUCUUCUCUCUCUUUCUCUCAAAAGAAGUGAACUAAUGAACCUGAAAGCUGACUUCUCCUUCUUCUUCGUUUAGAUGCUCUGAACCUCUCUCUCUCUCUCUUUCAGAGAACUAAAAAAAAAGAGAAGAGUCGUGGUCGUGGUCGUAGUCAUCAAUGGUGGAAGCAAAGGAUCAACAACAAGAGAUGGGAGAUGGGAUGCAAUGCGUGAACCAUCCCUUCACGAAGAACCCAGGUGGGAUCUGCGCUUUCUGUCUCCAAGAAAAGCUCGGAAAGCUCGUCACUUCCUCUUUCCCUCUCCCUAAACACCUCUCCUCCUCCUCCACUUCCUCCUCCUCUCCUUCCUUCAGAUCUGACUCCGUAGGCUCCACCACCACCACUGUCGCCGGAGCUAAUCUCUCUGCCUCUCUCACCCUCUCCGCCUCAGGAGCCAGAAACGUCACAGCAAACAACAACAACAACAAGCUUCCGUUUUUACUUGCAAAGAAGAAGGCUUUAACUCCCUCCUCCUCCUCGACGAACAUCGUUUACAAGAGAAGCCAGUCAACGACAACGACCGCGUACAGAGUCUCUGACUCCAGCUCGAGGAAGCGGAGUGGGUUCUGGUCCUUUUUACAUCUCCACUCUUACAAACACAACAGCAGCAGCAAGAAAGUCGGAAACUUUCACGACUCCUCCUCCAGACCGCAACAACCCACAAAACAUACUGAAAACGCUUUGUCCAAAACAGAGACAACGACGACUGUUGUCGGAGCUUCCUCGUCGAUGUCAAAGAGAGUGAACGGAGGUGGGAGUAGUAGUAGUAAUAACAGAAACGGCAUCGAUGUGAUUGUUGAGGAAGAUGGAAGCCCCAACGUUGUGGUUCCACCGAGCGAGAGGAAAGUGUCGAGAUCCAGAUCCGUUGGGUGUGGGAGCAGAAGCUUCUCCGGAGACUUCUUCGAGAGGAUCACUAACGGGUUUGGAGACUGUGCUUUGAGAAGGGUUGAGUCACAGAGAGAAGGUGGUAGCAACAAAGGCAAAGUUAGUAGUAGUAGUAGUAGCAAUGGUGGGGGUGUGAGGGAAAUGGUGAGAUGCGGUGGGAUCUUUGGUGGGUUUAUGAUAAUGACGUCAUCCUCUUCUUCCUCUUCGUCUUCCUCAUGGGUAUCAUCAUCAUCAGCUGAACAGCAACAACAGCAACAUCAUCAGAACAACGUGGGUCAUGGUGGAAGGAGCAGAGGUUGGGGAUGGGCGUUUGCUAGUCCAAUGAGAGCUUUUGGUUCUUCUUCUUCCUCUGGGAAAAGAGGUCGUACGAUUACAGAUUCUACAAGCAAGAAGAACUCAGCUCCAAACUUGGAUGCUAUUCCUUCAUUGUUGGUAGUCAAAAGCUAAAAUUAAAAGCCCACGUUGCAAUAAAAGUGUUUUUGUUUUCAGUCUCAAAACAAGAAAGUUUACGUUAAGGCUAGUUUCAUGUUUUUCAUCAUUUUAGAUGUUUUCUUGAACAUUGGGUUUGAUGAUCUAAUAGUAUUAUUGUAAUGUUACACUACCUCUUCUAUGUUAAUUAUCAUCUUUUUUUUUUUCAAAUAAGAGGAGAGUGGAGCUUAGGAUA